UGCGUGACCGGCCUGGCGGCCUCCCCUAUCGAUGUCUGUCUUUUUAUGACCACCUCAAUAUUUUGAACAGGCGAGUGUUGCCAGCAAAGUGUAGGUUGGAACAGGUGACACGAUGAUUCAUUCGACGUGUCCCCUGGUACGUGCUCAUUCCGACGAUUCUGUACCAGGAAACGGAGAUGAAGCUCCAUGCUUGUGAUUAACCUAUAAAUACUCCUCUCCUUGGCCCUUUCACUCGGCACUAAAACUCAAGUUUUCCUACUCUUCGAUCCUCAAAUGGCUUCUCUCCAAGUUUCUAAAACAACCGUAGCGCUGCUUGUUCUUGUGAGCUUAGCUCAGGUGAGCCUGGAAGCGAGAAGGCUAACGAGCUUAGUUCAGCAGCCAGCGGAGCUCCUCACGUACCAUAAUGGAGCUGUGCUCCAUGGCGACAUCCCUAUUUCGGUCAUGUGGUACGGGGCUUUUAGCCCUUCGCAGAAGGCCAUCAUCUCAGACUUCCUCCUCUCCCUCACGCCCACCUCCCAGACUCAGCCAUUGGCCCCUUCCGUGCACCAAUGGUGGGGCACCAUCGACCGACUCUACCUGUCCAAGGCCGGGAGCAUAAAGAAGAGCAGCAUCGCUGUCUUCAGCCAAGUGUCGGACGAGGAAUGCUCGCUGGGCAAGUCGCUGAAAAUGUCUCAGGUGUCGGAGCUGGCGGCCAAGGCCGGUCCGAAGAAGGGCGGCAUCGCGGUGAUUUUCACGGCCGACGACGUGGCCGUCGAGGGAUUUUGCAUGAGCCGGUGCGGCUCGCACUGGUCAAACCGGAAGUCCGACACGGCCUACAUCUGGGUGGGGAACGCAGCGAAGCAGUGCCCGGGCCAGUGCGCCUGGCCCUUCCACCAGCCCUUUUAUGGCCCACAGACGCCGCCCCUGGUAGCCCCCAACGGCGACGUCGGGGCCGACGGCAUUGUGAUCAACCUGGCAAGCAUGGUGGCUGGCGCCGUCACGAACCCGUUCGGAGACGGCUUCUACCAGGGGCCGAAAUCGGCGCCGCUGGAGGCGGUCACGGCGUGCCCCGGUGUGUACGCGAAGGGAUCCUACCCAGGAUACCCCGGAGACUUGAGUGUGGAACCCUCCACCGGGGCCAGCUACAACGCGAAUGGGGUCGACGGUAGGAAAUUCUUGCUUCCUGCUCUGUUUGACCCGUCCACCUCCACUUGCUCUACUCUGGUUUAAGUCUGCGUUGACUGUGUAUAAAGUUAUGGUCCUGUAAAUGAUUUUUUUUUAAAAAAAAUAAUUAAAACGAUC